AUGGAUAGAUUCAACGGAACCUCCCUUUUAUUCUUUCUUCUGUUCUGUGUCCCAUUCAUUCUUCAGUUUCAGCCUAUAGCACCUGAUGAAGGUAGCCAACAUAUUAAUCAAAACAACUACCCUGAAAAACCACUUCUCUCCAGGAUAGUAAUGGACACCAUUUCUCUAUUUAGAAAAUCCCAAGAAAGUUCAUGGGAGAAAAUCAAAACCGUCAUACAUGACUUGCAGAUGCAGUUUUCCCCACCAGAUCUUGACUUUAGGGGUGGGGCUGAUAGAGGAGCUGAUAGUGUCAAAGGAACAAUGAUGGAUGCGGCUGAGAAGAGUUUUGACACAAGCAAAGAAACUGUUAAGGAAAGUGCAAGAUCAGCAGCAAAAGUGGUCGGAGAAGCUAUUCAUAAGACAACAGUAAAGGUUACACAAACUGACUCUGAGAAAGAAUCUCAAGCGGAACUCUGA